GUGUGGUCUAAUAUGAGUUUAAUGAAAAUCUGAGAGACAUUAGAAAUCUUGGUGCAUCAAACAAUGAAAGAUAAGUCAACCAAGCCGCUCAGCUUUCUCUUUCUUUGCUCUUGUUUUAUUUUGUUUUCUGAAUUCAUAAAGAGUGACCAUUUUUUCACAUGGAUUUAGGAGGAAAUGAUAAAAGCAUAGAAUUAUGAUACAUUUUUGGAUUAUGUGGGAGGUGAUUAAUUGAUUAGUUUUAGUUGACUAAGUCACCUUUGUCUGUAUUUCCUCAGCUGUUGUACCCUCCAGUUUGUUCCCUCGUUUCCAUCUGAAUUUCAUGCAUUUCUAUAUUAUCUUAAACUAAUGCAAAAAUAACUGUUGGUAUGUGCUUAUGUCAAUCCCUUAUCAUCGAACCCAACUUGGACUCUCUCUCUUUCUGUUCCUUCCUUAAAGUUCAAACCUUUUCUGAAUUCCAAGUCCAAACCCAGUUUUCCUCAAGUCUCCAAGAUUCCAAAUUCUCUUUGAGUCUUUGCCGGCUUUUGUAGAAAAGCUCUCUUUGCCUAUGGGCCAAGAAACAAGAAGGCUCUCUGAUGACUAUGAAGUGGUUGAUGUCCUAGGAAGAGGAGGAUUCUCGGUGGUCAGGAAAGGCAUCUGCAAAUCGAGUGGAGAUGGAAGAGAAGUCGCCAUCAAGACGCUCAGGAGGGUUGGCCUGUCAACUCCACCGCCAACAGUCCCCGCGAAGAAGCAGUUUGCUUCACUGACAUUCCCCAUGUGGAAGCAAGUACCCAUUUCUGAUGCACUCCUGACCAAUGAGAUCCUGGUCAUGAGAAGGAUAGUUGAGAAUGUUUCCCCUCAUGACAAUGUCAUCGACCUCUACGACGUGUGUGAGGACCAGAGCGGGGUCCAUCUGAUCCUUGAGCUCUGCUCAGGCGGAGAGUUGUUUGACCAGAUCGUGCAUCGGAAGAAGUACUCGGAGGUGGAAGCAGCUGCCGUGGUCCUGCAGAUUGCCCGGGGCCUGGAUGCUAUCCACAGGGCCAAUAUUGUGCACCGGGAUUUGAAGCCGGAGAAUUGCCUGUUCUUGAACAAGCGCGAGGAUUCGCCACUGAAGAUCAUGGAUUUUGGGCUGAGCUCCGUUGAGGAGUCCGACCCAGUUAUCGGAUUGUUCGGCUCAAUAGAUUAUGUGUCACCAGAGGCUCUCUCUCAGGGAACAAUAACUACUAAGAGUGACAUGUGGUCUUUGGGAGUCAUUCUAUACAUUCUGCUCUCAGGGUAUCCGCCAUUCAUUGCCCCGUCCAAUCGGCAAAAGCAACAGAUGAUAAUGAGAGGAGAGUUCAGCUUCGAUGAAAAGACCUGGAAGACCAUUACCUCAUCAGCAAAAGAACUAAUUUCCAGCCUUCUGACUGUGGAUCCUAGCAGGAGACCGAGUGCCCUAGAUCUUCUCAAUCAUCCGUGGGUAAUAGGUGAUUUGGCCAAGGAGGAGCAGAUGGACCCUGAAGUCGUUUCGAGGCUGCAGAGCUUCAACGCCAGGCGCAAAUUACGUGCGGCGGCAAUCGCGAGCGUGUGGAGCAGCACCAUAUUCCUGAGGACUAAGAAGCUGAAAUCUCUGCUCGGGACUCAUGACCUUUCCCAAGAGGAACUUGAGAAUCUUAGGGUCAAUUUCAAGAAAAUAUGCGCUAACGGAGACAAUGCCACCCUAUCCGAAUUCGAGGAGGUUCUGAAAGCGAUGAACAUGUCGUCGUUAGUCCCCCUGGCGCCUCGCAUCUUCGACUUAUUUGACAACAACCGUGAUGGAACCGUUGAUAUGAGAGAGAUACUGUGCGGCUUCUCCAGCCUCAGGAACUCCCGUGGGGACGACGCUCUACGCCUGUGCUUCGAGAUGUACGAUACAGAUCGAUCUGGAUGCAUCACCAAGGAAGAAGUGGCUUCCAUGCUUAGGGCUUUGCCUGAUGAUUGCCUUCCCACGGACAUCGCCGAACCGGGAAAGCUAGAUGAGAUAUUCGACCAGAUGGAUGCCAACAGCGACGGGAAAGUCACCUUUGAAGAGUUCAAGGCAGCGAUGCAGAGAGACAGCUCCCUACAAGAUGUCGUGCUCUCUUCUCUUCGUCCGUCAUAGUUUCCCACUACUUCUGUGUUACGUCAUAAUGAAUAAGUUUUGUUUUCAUGAAGUUUCUUCAUCUCUU